UUUCUGCACCUCUAAUUAAUACGCUUUCAAUUUGUGAAAUAAAUUAAAUAAAGAAGUUGAAAUUGAUUUAGAAGUACUUCAACAUGUCCAACAUAACGGCAGCUGUAAUAGCUAACCGCAACAAGAAGCAUUUCCUGGGCGUUCCAGCUCCUCUGGGCUAUGUGGCCGGCGUUGGUCGAGGAGCCACGGGAUUCACCACCCGGUCCGAUAUUGGUCCCGCCCGCGAUGCCAACGACGUUUCUGACGAUCGCCAUGCCCCGCCGGCCACCAAACGUAAAAAGAAGGACGAAGAGGAGGAGGAGGACGAAGACUUGAACGACUCGAACUACGACGAGUUUAGUGGUUACAGUGGCUCCCUGUUCUCAAAGGAUCCCUACGACAAGGAUGACGAGGAGGCGGACGCCAUCUACGAUUCGAUAGACAAGCGAAUGGAUGAAAAGCGCAAGGAGUAUCGUGAUCGGAGGUUGCGAGAGGAUUUGGAGCGGUAUCGCCAGGAGCGACCGAAGAUCCAGCAGCAGUUCAGUGACCUCAAACGUUCGUUGGCCAGCGUCACAUCGGAAGAGUGGUCUACGAUUCCGGAAGUGGGCGAUAGUCGCAACCGAAAGCAAAGAAACCCCAGGGCCGAAAAGUUUACCCCCUUGCCAGACAGCUUAAUAUCGAGAAACCUUGGUGGCGAGUCGUCCUCCACGUUGGAUCCGUCCUCAGGUUUGGCCUCCAUGGUGCCUGGUGUAGCCACUCCGGGCAUGUUAACCCCCACGGGUGAUCUGGAUCUGCGGAAGAUCGGUCAGGCCCGUAACACUCUUAUGAACGUUAAGCUGUCCCAGGUUUCUGAUUCCGUGACUGGUCAAACGGUGGUGGAUCCUAAGGGUUACCUCACCGACCUGCAAAGCAUGAUUCCCACCUAUGGCGGCGACAUUAACGACAUCAAAAAGGCUCGCUUGCUGCUUAAGAGUGUCAGGGAAACGAAUCCCAAUCAUCCACCCGCUUGGAUUGCCUCUGCUCGUUUGGAGGAAGUCACUGGAAAGGUUCAGAUGGCCAGGAAUCUGAUCAUGAGGGGCUGCGAGAUGAAUAUCCAGUCCGAGGAUCUCUGGCUGGAGGCAGCACGCCUUCAGCCGCCAGAUACAGCCAAAGCGGUGAUAGCGCAAGCUGCUCGUCAUAUUCCGACUUCAGUUAGGAUCUGGAUUAAAGCAGCUGACUUGGAAUCGGAAACGAAAGCCAAACGUAGGGUUUUUAGAAAAGCUCUAGAGCACAUCCCGAACUCAGUUCGCCUAUGGAAAGCUGCUGUGGAGCUGGAGAAUCCCGAUGAUGCACGAAUCCUACUAUCCCGCGCUGUAGAGUGUUGCAACACCAGCGUUGAACUUUGGUUGGCCCUCGCGCGUUUGGAAACCUAUGAGAAUGCCCGAAAGGUGCUGAACAAGGCUCGUGAGAAUAUACCCACGGAUCGACAGAUUUGGACCACGGCUGCUAAAUUGGAGGAGGCCAAUGGUAACAUUCACAUGGUGGAAAAGAUCAUCGAUCGAUCGUUAACGUCUCUAACUGUCAACGGGGUGGAGAUCAACCGGGAUCACUGGUUCCAGGAGGCCAUUGAGGCGGAGAAAUCGGGAGCAGUUAACUGUUGUCAAUCAAUUGUGAAGGCCGUCAUCGGAAUAGGAGUGGAGGAAGAGGAUCGCAAGCAGACCUGGAUCGAUGAUGCGGACUUUUGCGCCAAGGAAAAUGCUUUUGAGUGUGCUCGUGCUGUCUAUGCUCAUGCCCUACAGAUUUUCCCCUCCAAAAAGAGCAUCUGGUUAAGAGCCGCCUACUUUGAGAAAAACCAUGGCACUCGCGAGUCCCUAGAGGCCUUGUUGCAGAGAGCUGUGGCCCAUUGCCCUAAAUCGGAAAUUCUCUGGUUGAUGGGAGCAAAAUCCAAGUGGAUGGCUGGAGACGUUCCAGCGGCAAGAGGCAUUCUCUCCCUGGCCUUCCAGGCCAAUCCUAAUUCCGAAGACAUUUGGUUGGCAGCCGUCAAGUUGGAAUCUGAGAACUCGGAAUAUGAGCGUGCAAGACGUUUGUUGGCCAAGGCUAGAGGCUCUGCGCCCACGCCUAGGGUGAUGAUGAAGUCAGCUCGCUUGGAAUGGGCUUUAGAGAGAUUUGACGAAGCGCUACGGCUGCUAGAAGAAGCAGUGGAAGUGUUCCCAGAUUUCCCAAAGCUCUGGAUGAUGAAAGGUCAAAUAGAGGAACAACAGCGACGAACGGAUGAUGCGGCUGUCACCUACACUCAGGGUCUGAAAAAGUGUCCCACAUCCAUCCCCCUGUGGAUUUUAUCCGCUAACUUGGAAGAGCGCAAAGGAGUGCUGACAAAGGCCCGUUCCAUUUUAGAACGGGGUCGUUUGCGCAAUCCUAAGGUGGCUGUUCUCUGGCUGGAGGCCAUUAGAGUGGAAUUGCGUGCGGGUCUCAAGGAGAUUGCCAGUACCAUGAUGGCCAGAGCACUGCAGGAAUGUCCUAAUGCCGGCGAACUAUGGGCGGAGGCCAUCUUCAUGGAAACUAAGCCUCAGCGAAAGACCAAGUCAGUGGAUGCCCUCAAGAAAUGCGAACAUGACCCACAUGUUCUGUUGGCCGUUUCUAAACUUUUCUGGUCGGAGCACAAGUUCUCCAAGUGCAGAGAUUGGUUUAACCGAACGGUCAAGAUCGAUCCUGAUUUGGGUGACGCCUGGGCGUAUUUCUACAAAUUCGAGUUGCUACACGGCACGGAGUCACAGCAACAGGAGGUCCUCGAUCGUUGCAUUUCCGCAGAACCCACGCAUGGCGAAUCCUGGUGUCGAGUUAGCAAGAAUAUUCAGAAUUGGCAGUUCAAAACUCCGGAAGUACUUCGUGCCGUUGUGCGGGAACUAUCCAUACCCAUCUAAGCGUAAAGUCUAUUUUGAUUAAAUGUGUGCAGCCUAGCGCUUCAUCUCUUGAUAUCCUU